CCCUACCAUCCUUGUCGACCCGGCGCCGGAGAGUAAGAUGACGAUGAUGGCCUACGGAGGAUGGGGAAGCAGCAGCACGGCGCCGCCGCCGCUCACGCUGAAGCUCCAGGUGAACACCCGCACCAACCGCGUGGUCUGCGCCGAGGCCGAGAAGGACAUGGCGGACUUGCUCUUCUCCUUCGGCAACAUCCCCCUCGGCGCAGCCGGCAGGCUGCUUGGCAGGGGCUCCAUGGGGAGCUUCGGCAACUUGUCCCAGAGCCUCGGGGGGCUCCACGCCUCCUACAUCAUCGACCAAGACGCCAGGGACGCCCUGCUCGCGCCCACGGGCCGCGGCCUUCUCCUGCUUGCCGGCGGCGGGUCGUCGUCGUCGUCGUCUGGCGGGUUCGUGCGGGGGGCCGUGACCUACACGGUCAUGGACGACCUCACGGUCACCCCCAUGUCCGUCAUCUCUUUGGCCACCAUCCUCAAAAACAACAAAAUCAAGGACAUCGGCCACCUCGAGGAAAGGCCUGUCCUGGUGGGACCCACUGAGGCUCUGGAGUUACUGAGGGCGUCACUGCAGUCCAAGACCGUACUCACCGACGUCUUCCUUAGGAGGGCCUGAAGCGCAACCUUGAGAGUGAAGAAUCCAUCCUUGCGAUCGCCACCAGAAUUCCUUGCCGUGUCGUUGAGGUGUGUGCAUGCGCGCGUGCGCGCGUAGCCUUUGGUCAUAUGGCGUGUGUUUGUGUUAGCUACAUGUGCCCGUGAAAUCUGUGUUUGCUACUUGAAUGAAUAAAG